AUGCCGGCGGAGGUUAUUGAUCUGGUCUCCAGCCCUGACCCAGAGGCAAAGGUUAUUCACAAACCGAAACCGACAGUGGACCAACCUACAAAAAAUACUACAUUCGAGCCAUCUUGGGGUUGGAACCGCCUUUCUUCCUCCGAGGCGGAGACGCUACCAUUACCAAAACCAGCAACGAGUAAACCUGCGACUGUGUUGACAAACUCCACCGCAAACCGUACCACGAAACCUCUGAUGUCUUUCGCGAAAGAUGCACAUGAAUUCAUCGACCUACUUGACUCUGACGAUGAUGCAUCAAAGUCCGACUUGCCCCCUCCCAAGAGACGCAGGGUUUCGUCAUCCCCACAAGCUCGUCCAGCGAAAACGACUGUACCCAAGGCUGGUGGCUUCAAGCGGUCUGUUUCGAACAUCGAAUCAUCUACAAAGGUGGCAGGAUCAUCGAAGAGUGCAGCGGCAUCGAAUCCGAAGAUUACCAAGACAAACACCCAGUUUGAGGAUGAAAUUGUGUUCACCAGCUCUCCAGACUAUCUUGCUGAGGCAGCUAGAAAGCGAAAAGAGAAGAGGAGACAGUCGCGUGAAAGUGACGACGACAGCAACGACAACGACGAUCACGAUCUACCCGCUCUCAAUGCCAUUCGAAAUUACAACGACAAGUCAAAAUCAGGUCGUAGCAAGACGACGAACACAUACCCGAUAGACGAAGAUAGUGAAGACGGUUCUGGUCUUGCCCACCGCAAGAAGAAGGACAAUGUUGCGUCCAAAUUCAGACUUGAGGGCUUUGACGACUUAGAGCUCUCUUCUGAACCUGAGGCCUCUGAGUCUGAGCCUGUGCCUUCUCGAAACGUGAAGAAUCCGUCGAAGAAAUCCAAGGUUUCUUCCCAAUCUGCGCUUGACAAAUACAACGCAGAAAAAGCCAAGGAGAAAGCGGGGAAGGAUAAGAAGGACAAGGCUGCAGAGAAAGCUGCAGCUAAAGAAGCAGAAAGGGAAAAGAAGAAAUUGGAGAGGGAGGAGAAGGCACGACAGAAGGAAAAGGAUGCGGAGAUUGCCAAGGCUAAUCAGCGUCGUACCGAUAAGAAAGUCUCGAUCAAAGAGAUGAUCGUUGACAUGCCAUCGUGCAUAAAUGCGAAGCUCAAAGAUCAAGUUCGAACUUAUCUCGAAUCCAAGGAAGCCACUUACAAUGAAGUCGAAAGCACUUUGCCCGUUAUGAAAUGGAGGCGAAAUAUAGACAGAGAGUACAACGAAGAGAAGGCGAUGUGGGACGCAGUUCCGAAGAGGAUCAUUUCCGAGGAUCAUGUUAUGUGUAUUCUCCUUGCAAAAGAGUUGGUCGACUUGGUCACUGGUGAAGAAGGUCAAGACCUGGAUGCUCAUGUUUUGAGAUUAAAGGCAAAGUUCGAUUCUUGCAAAAUCAUCUACCUAAUCGAGGGCUAUAAUAGUUGGUUUAGAAAGAAUCGGCUUGCAAAGGAGAGGCAAUUUCAAGCUGCAGUCCGUCCGCAAGAACCACCAACGGCCAGUCAGCGACGAAAGAAGAAGGACGAUGAAUAUGUCCAUGAAGAUUUGAUCGAGGACGCCAUGCUCAAAUUGCAUGUAGUACAUGGUACUCUCAUUCAUCACACUGAGGCUUGGAAUGCUACUGCAGAGUGGGUGCUGAACUUCACAGAACAGAUUUCCUUGAAGCCAGACAAGCUUAAGAACCAGACAUUAGAUACUACAUUCUGUAUGGAGUCUGGUCAAGUGAAGACAGGCGAGGAUUCGACAGACAUAUACGUCAAAAUGCUGCAAUCAAUGAAGCGCAUCACUCAACCCAUUGCAUGGGGUAUAGUAUCAGAGUUUCCAACUGUACAGUUAUUAGUUAAGGGCUUAGAGGAGAAUGGACCGCUGGCUUUGGCAGAGUGUAGGAAGGCGGCAAAUGGUAAUGGAUCGUUCCAGGAUGGAAAGAUUGGCCCUUCAAUCAGCCGAAGGGUGCAUAAAGUAUUUCAGGAAAGGGAUGCUUCGAGUACGGAGGUAUGA